GUUUAUUUUAUUUUAAAGGGGCAUAUCAUUUAUAUAAGAAAGUUGUACACUUAUAACCGUAUUUCGCUGGAGUAUAGGUAUGAGGUAUUUUGCUCUGAAACGCAUUGGCAAUAGUUCAAAUAGUUUGGACCCUGAUUUAAAGCUGUAAAUCUUUGGUUACCAGACCAGAAUUGCAACUGCUAAGUGAGGCAUUGAGGGGCGUGUCUUUUGGAACACUAUACACCAACAACCUGUGACGACUGUCAGAUUGCACCACAAUGGCGAGGACUCUAGUUUCAGCUGUGGGUCUUCUGGUUGUACCCAUAUUUUUUUCAUGUGCAGGAUGUCGGAAGGGACCCUGGUUUUGUCAUGAAUGGGAAUGUCCCACGUUUACUCUCGUAAAUGAAUAUGAGGGAUUUGAGCAGCGCUACUAUGACACUAGCUAUUGGAUUACCACGGACAUUGUGAGCACCAGUGAAGUUGAUGUAAGCACCGGAUUUUGGAAACUGUACAACUUCAAUCAAAGGGAAAACAAAGAAAAGAAGGUGAUUGAGAUGACCCGGCCUGUGGUGGUGUCAGUGAAGGAAGCUGAUGGUAUGGGAGAGAGACAGGUGUCCAUUUCAUUCUAUCAGACUGCCCCUGAUAUCGCUGAGCCCAAUGACAAGACUAUCAGAGUAACAGUAGUGCCAGGCGGCAUUGUCUAUGUCAGGUCAUUUGGGGGUGUGGCAAAAUAUGAUGAUGGCAUGAGGGAGGUUGAGAGUCUUAAGGAGAAACUCAAGGCUGCUGGAAAGCUGUUUAAUGGAAACAGGUUUGAUGCAGCUGGUUAUGAUGCACCAUGGGAGUUGAUCAACAGACAUAAUGAAAUUUGGCUGCAUGCACUUUAAGCAUUUACAGAUUAAAAGAGCAACUAAAUUUUGUUUCUCAUGCAUGUCCCUUUUACUCAGUGUAGCCCAGUAACAUUGUAGUCAUAUCUAUUAAAAUUAUUUUCAGAUCAGAUCAAGAAAAAUAUUGUUCAAUAGAUUAAAAUGUGUAUAACAGCUGUGGAUGCUGUUUGUACUUAGCUCACAUGCUGUUUGAAAGAAAAGUUUGUAACUGGCAAGUUGAUACCCAUUUCCUAAUCUAAAUAAAACUUUUAGUCUCUUUCUUCUUAAUCGCAUUUAAUGCAAUACAGAUGUAAUUUUAUACAUUUAGAAAGGUUUGUAGUAUACAUUCUGAAACAUUCUAUGCCUUUUUAUCUAAUUCAUUCAUUCGUUUGUUCCAUUGAUAUUCACACCAUAAACCAAAUGCUUUAGAUUAAAGAUAUGCUAAAAAUGUCUUAACCUGAAAUCCCUUCUAAGAGAAAAACCUGUUGGUUACAAAAGGUUCUCUAAUAUGCAAGAGAAACAGGUUCAAGACAAAAUCAGAAUGAGGAUCCUAUACAAACAGAGGCGAACAUACAUUAAGGGGGGGCCCAAGGCAAAAUUAUUGAAUGAGGCCCUUCUGACAUUGUUUGUGAAUAUGUUCAAUUAAAAGUAGUCAAAACACAUGUGACAGAACAUAAAGUGUCUACUUGUACAACAUUCAAAUGUUUGUUUUUUAAACAAAAUGUCAAUGGCUAAAUAUUUACCGUAUUUUAUCAGUACAUUUAUAGUACAUAUAGUACAUUGAAAAUAAGGAAAUGCUCCUAUGUACAGUAUAAGGGUAUGGACAAACAUGUUUAUUUUUUGGCAUCUCAUCAGCUUUUUUUUUAAAUUACACCCUGUUACACAAGUCUAACCAGUGACCCUUUACUUCCUCUUUCAUUGGUUGUUUUGGGAGUAGAGUUUCAGAAAAAUCAUGUUCUGUUUAGAUCUGUUUUGUCUAAAUCUAAUAUUUUUUCCCCGCACAUUGAUGCAAUCCCUCCAUACCUGCCAUGGGUGUGAGAUCUUUUAGCCACCUAUGGAACUACAUUCCCUUAUAGAUAUCGAAACAGCGAUUGCUUGCGGACUUAUAAAACAUGUCUUAAGAUGCAUCUUUGUACUCAGGCUUUUUUAUAAUAUGCUCUACUGAGUCUUUACUGGAUUUUAUCUGUAUAUGCUGAGUGUUUGUUGUGUUUUUUGUCUUGUGCAGUGAUUUGUACUUUUAUUUUAUUCUUUGCCUGUUUGUGAGGUGACCUUGGGUGUUUUGAAAGGCACCAUUAAAUAAAAUCCAUUAUUAUUAUUAUUA